AUGCCUCACAGUAAGAAGAGUCAGUGCUGCAAGCUUGAAGCAAGCCAUGAGGCCCAAAGAAGGCCUCAGGACCCAGUGGAUGCACAGGUUCCUGUAACAGAGAAGGAAACCACCACCUCCUCUCUCUCCCCUUUGAUCCAGGGUACCCCAGAGGUGGUGCCGGCUGCUGGAAAACCAAGUGUUUGCCAGAGUUCUCAGGAAGUCUGCUCCUCCCCCUCCACCAUCAAAGGUGCUCCAUUGAGCAAGCCAAAUGAGGGCUCCAGCAGCCACAAAGAGGGUCCAAGCACCUCCCAGGCUCCACCAGAUCCUGAUUCCUUGCUCAGUGAAGUGCUAAAUCAGAAAGUGGCUGAAUUGGUGCAGUUCCUGAGUGUCAAGUAUGUAACAAAGAAGCCCACCAUGGCGGCAGAAAUGCUGCAGAGUGUCAUCCGAGAGCACAAGGGCCAUUUCCCUGUGAUCUUCAAGAAAGCCUGUGAGUGCAUGGAGGUUGUCUUUGGCAUUGAAGUGAAGGAAGUAGACCCCGUCAACCACUCCUAUGAGCUUGUCAAGAUCCUCAACCUUACCUACGAUGGGAUGCUGAGUAAUGAGCAGGGCAUGCCCAAGACCGGCCUUCUGAUCCUUAUCCUGGGCAUGAUCUUCGUGGAAGGCAAUUGUGCCCCUGAGGAGAAGAUCUGGGAUAUGCUGAAUAAGAUCGGGGUGUUUGCUGGAAAGAAGGAUUUCAUCUAUGGGGAGCCCAGGAAGCUCAUCACCAAAGAUUUAGUGCAGGAGAAGUACCUGGAGUACCGGCAGGUGCCCAACAGUGACCUUCCGUGCUACGAAUUCCUGUGGGGUCCCAGGGCCCACGCUGAAACCAGCAAGAUGCAAGUCUUGAAGUUUUUGGCCAAGGUCAGUGGCACUGCCCCUACUUCCUUCUCAUCCUGGUAUGAGGAAGCCGUGAGAGAUGAGAGAGCACGAGCCGAGGCCAGAGUUGCUGCCACUGAUGAUACUACUGCCAUGGCCAGAGAAAGUUCCAGUGUCCCAUCUGGCAGCUUCUCUUGCCCUAAGUGA